UUGUAUGUCUGCAAGAUGAGACAAAUAAAGAAUUGUGGUUGGACAGUUUACCUGGAAAAUCAGGAAUUAUUCAAAAGUCAAGAAUCAAUUCCAGAUUCUAACCAUGACGAAAUAUCAGAAAACGAGGAAAAAUACGAUUUGGAAAGCUUGAAAAACUUGAACAUUAUCAACACACGAAAAUGGCAAAUCACUUUAACUUCCGCAGACUGUAUGAUUAAAAAGCACUGUCACGGUUGGCAGAUAAAUCUAAAAGACGUAAAGGCAACCAAAGGAAAUCAAGAAUUCGCUUGGAAAUUGUCAGACACGAACAUGAAUUCUCAAACGAUCCAAGAACCGGUGAAAACAGCGAACGUCGAGAUUCUUUGCAAUCGCGACGAUUUGGACGAUCUGUUGAAAGAAUACGAGAAAGAAAACGAACAAGCACAAGGCAGGGUCAUCAUAAGGGACUAUCUGAAGCUCCUCACUAACGAAGAGGCAAAGGUUAAUUUUAUAUUAAAAGUGUUGACGAAGGCAGUGAACGAACACAAAAUUUUCGUGAUUUAUGGCAAUUUCCCGGUGCUGAGGAAGCCUUUAGGUAGAAGAGGCUGGAUAGAGAAAAGAUUCAUCAGGAGAUUAUUCUCGACGUCUCCGGAAAUGUCUGAAGCUGGUAUCGAGACUAUUGAAAAGUUCUUACGUUAUCCGGCGGAUUUCAUAUGGUACACGAACAAAAAAGUAGCUGCCAGAACGGACGAAAAGACCAUAGUUAAUAAAUUUUCAGGGUGCUACUUCACCUCAAAGGUUUCUGCUGUAACUGAUUUUUCACCGAGUUUUAAGCUAAAAAUUGAUAUGCAAACGUUUCAAUACAUUCAGGUAGACAUGUGCAAUAACUUGGAAAAUGUUUCCUGGUUUUACGAAGCCGGUGUAUCGAAUAUUCAGUUUCCCCGAUGCUAUAACGUUUAUCAGGCCGUUCAGAUCGAGGAAUUCGUACAAGAUUUCUACAUCACCGCAUGCAUGGGGAUUCUCAAGUGGUUCGUAUUUUUGGCCAACAUCGCUGGACCAAAUAAUGCCUGGUCUUCGAGCGGUACUGUUCCUAUAAAGGCGAUUUUGUUCGCUCUGGAACGAUGCGCGGAAUAUAUAAGCGUCUGUGAACACGAAGAUAUCGACGGACAAAGGUACAAGAGCUUAUCGCCUUCCGACUGGGCUUUGUUCCUAUCAUGGCACGAACAAUUACUGCACAGACACGAAACGUUGGAAAAGAAUGAGGGAAUAGACAUCGAAGAACUCUUACAAUUUACGGAUAACACUCUGAAGGAAAUGACACAGUGCAAACCCCAAAGUCAUAUCGACGGAAUGAAGAACGUGUGGAUCUUGAAACCAGGUGACAAGAGUUUAGGAAGAGGUAUACUUUUAAAAAGUUCAUUAAAGGGAAUCCUGAACAAGAUACAUCAAGCCACGAAGGAAUGUAUGCAAUACGUCGUACAGAAGUAUAUAGAACGACCUCUGCUCGUUCACAAAACUAAAGUGGACGUUCGACAGUGGUUCUUGAUCACCAGCACGCAACCCCUUAUCGUUUGGAUGUACAAGGAUAUUCUGCUUCGUUUCGCGUCGAAAGAUUUUACGCUCGAGAGCUAUCACGAAUCGAUUCAUCUGUGCAAUACAACCGUGCAACUCAAGUAUAGAAAAACAGUGAAGCAGAACGCACAGAUACCUAACGAACUUCAUUGGAAUCUUCAGAAAUUCAAAGAAUAUCUAAGGUAUGCAUUUAAUUCUACUUUUAUGAUGAACCUUGGUUAUUCUAUCGUGUUCUUUCUCAGAAAUACUGAUCGAGAAUCGGCAUGGGAGAUGCUCAUCGAACCAGGCAUAAAGCAGAAUUUAAUAGGUGCACUUCUAGCAUCUCAAGAAAACAUGGUCAAUCGCAAGAACAGCUUUCAAUUGUACGGCGCUGAUUUUUUAAUAAUGGAUGACCUGUCGGUUUGGUUGAUCGAAAUCAAUACGAAUCCUCGACUUCAUCCACCUAGUAGUACGGUCACGGAAAAACUUUAUCCGGAAGUAAUAGAGGAUGCAAUGAAAGUGAUUAUAGAUCGACGUAAAAAUAAGAAGGCUACUCGCGGUAAGUUCGAGUGUAUUUUCAAGCAACGCAAUCCAUUUCAUGGUCACGCUUUUGGGAAAGCUGCGUGCCUUGGAAUUCGAGGCAAGGCUUUAUUUACGACUCAAGGUUCGUCCCGAAAACCAUAAACUUCACGAUACGAGACACUUAUAAUACGAUGGAGAAAAUAAGAUGAUAGGGAAUGUAAUAAAAACAUGUUUAUUUUACAAGUAACAAUGUUGCGAGUAUACAAUCCUAUACGAACAAGUGUUUUUUUUCGUUAUAUUGAUACACAUCUAUACACGAUUGCAUACAAGACAUACUCGUUCACGGUUGCAUUCAUACGUUUUUACACGUACAAAAUGAUCCAUUUAACGUGUCAUUUUCUUUUAUACCAUUUGUUACUUUGGUUUCGAUUAAAAAAGAAUAUUUUAUCUUGUUCUUAUUCAAACGAGUUCUGUAAUGUAUGAACGAUCCGUAAUAAUUUUCGGUUAAUAUUCUAAAAAAGAAAAAGGAAACAAAAGAAAGAGAGUAGUUCUCCGUUUACUAUUGCCUCGUAACUGGUUCGUGUAUUUCGUAUUACAGAUGCUCAUAACUAUCUAUUUUGGUAGAAAAUUCAUUUAUGCAUUUGCGUUUAAUUACAAAAUCUACUUGGUCGUGUUAAUAAUAUGACCGUCUCAAAGUUACCAACUGCCAUAGAUCUCGAAAUACGAAUACUUUUAAUACGAUUCGUGUUUCUUUAAUAUAUCUAACUGAAAUAAAAUUAUUUUCUGUAUAGUACAAUUACAGAGAAACGGUAGUAUCGUGAAAAUUGCAUUUGCAAUCUGUAAAACGUACCUAACUAGACUAGACCACACUUUCUGCCAGAAACAGAUCAAGCAUACCUGCUUGGUAACGCGUUGUAUGUAUUUAAAAAAAAAAAAA